UGGCAAAGGAGGGUCGGAAGGCUGUUGGCGAUCACGGUCGUGGUCUCGUCGUUCUCAUUCGGCAGGCCAUCGCUGUGCGGCUGCAAGAUGAAGGCGAAAAGGUAAAAGCGGACUUGCAGAAGCAGCAUAUCGCAGAGCGGGAAGAGUUAGAAAUCCGAACGAUAAGACUUGAGCAGGAAGCACUGGAGAGCAGGGGUAAAGCAGAAGAAGCGGCCAAGCGCCAAGAAGAAGCGCAUGCGGCUAAACUAGACGAAUUUGAGGAGAGAACCAAGCAGCUGCUUGCAUCACAGGCACGGGCUGAAACUACGAUAAAGCACUUGAGAGCUGACGAGGAAACAUUAAAACAACAAAAUCUUACUCUGGAGCAUAAGCUACAAACGCUCGCAAAGGCUAGCGAAAAGCGAAUUACUGUGUCAACCAGUACUAACACGGAGGACAUCUUCAACAUGUACAUGUCUCAACCAGAAAAAGAUCAAGCUCCUGAAGAGCGGUCCGCUGGCACUUCAGUAUCUAGCAGUGGCCCGGCAGCGACUAGCUCUGGUUCCUCGUCAUCUAGUAGUAAGGAAAGCGCAGCUUCUUGUUCCACUCUUGACGAAGCAGCACCCUUGAAGACGGAGAACAAUGCGGUGAAUUUGGUAAAAGGAGUGGGAGAAGCUUCUGCUACUUCUAGUCCUUCUUUGUCAGCAGCAGGGACCGGAGCCGGGCAACUACCUAAGCCUGAUGUGGGUCAUGCUCAUGAAGUAGAUGCACAACCGGAAGCGUCAGACGAGCCACUCCAGGAGAAAGAGAAUGGGGCAAACGACGAUGCAACGUCUAUGGUUACUUGCCAUUCGAAAAGCCCUCAUUUAGGGGCAGCUUCAGGAGGAGCGGUCUGUCCGCGUUCGGGCACACCAGAAGUGGCACCCUGCUCCACGAGCUUUGCGGCCCGGGCGCUCGCAACAUCAACACCGGAUGACAAAGUAACAAAGCCCGAUGCUUGUGCGACGCUGCAGGAUACAUCUCAAGUAGGUGUAGCAUCAUUAGAAGGUGGCCCGUCAGUUGCACCAGUAUCGUCGGCCGAAGCGGCACCACAAGGCUCCUCAGAAGUGGCCGUUCAAGGAGUUAAUGAGGUAACGAAGAACAGUUGUUCAACCACUCCUGCGCAGGAGAUACAACUCCGUGAGCCAAUUCCGUUAGAAGGGGAUGAAGCACAAGACACGAUAAUGAACAACAACAAAAUUAUACAAAAUAAAGUAGGUGGAGGUGGUGGUGGAAAAACAGCAAUAUCAAUAUCAACAUCUUCAGAAUCAAAACCUCCUCAUCUUCCACUGGCAAAACGGCGUCCACUAUUGCAGAGAAGUGGGCAUGAGAUAGCGUUCUCCUGGAAUGGUGCUUCUGCAACAGCAAUUAGUGGUUGCGAACGACUUUCAGACUCAGUUUCGGACAGGAUUUUGGGGGGCACAAGCGAUUCCUCGAACGUGUCCGUUUCUGUGUCAUCUUCAGGUUCAGGAAGUGCCCGACCCCGACCUCCAUGCAGUUCGAGAAGCAAGAAGGUGCCAGACGCUGUGCACAACAACAGGCCAACUUCCUCAACCACGAAGUUACAAGACGGAGUGAAAACCAAACCGACGGCAUCAUUAUCGUCCACUAAUGGACCUAGUACAUCGUCAACUUCGACGACGUCCAAUGCGCAACAACGUAGUAAUUCUAAUCACCAGCGGAUGAAGCAGAACGAUUUGGCGUCCUCGCAGCUAUUUCCUCUUCUGCAAGCUGAGCCGUUGAGGGUUUCGUGGCGCAACAAAUACGAUGGGGGGAAGACUACGCUCGAAAUAGAUCCUAGGACUUCGCCAUGGUUCCGCGAAAUUCUCAAGUUACAUCAAGAUCACCGGCUUCUGCUUGCAGCAGGGCGCCCAUCCACAAGUAUCACAUCUUCUGAAAAGAUGACGCCACAUUGCUCCAAAGCCGCGGCUUUGGGACCUUCAAGAUCUGCAAACAGACGCAAGAACGGCGCAACAAGGUCACGGCCUGGUGAAGGUGCUGCACCUUCAAGGGGUGGUUCAUCCACAUGCAUCAAGAGUAAUGACAAGCAGCGCAAUCAACAUCAUCGACAUUUUCAGACGACAGCACAUCAUCCUCGUAAAAGGGAAAGGCCAAGCGCGUCCGAAGCAGGCAACUCGAGUUCGUCUUCCUGUAAAAGGAACGCAGCGAUUUUUAAAAAUAGCAAUACUUCUACUUGUACAUCAAACAUGCCUACUGCAGCUGCAGGAGCAGGGGCGGCAGGAGAUGAAUUGGAUGGAAUGGACGAAAAGAGGCGAUACAGGACGCGAAGUCGCCAAAGGCGUAGAAAUAUUCAAAUGGCCACCGCUGCUGCAGCUUCGUCUUCAUCGACAUUCGCAGGAAAUGUUGGAGAAACCGCAGAGCCACCUCUUACGUUUCCGCGAGACCUGCCACCAGCAGCAACGGCGCGCGAGAGGCGGCACGCAGAAUGGACACAAAAGCGGGCCUUGGUAAAGCAAGUAGACAGCAGUGCGAAUAAUAAAAGUACAACUAGUAGUAGUACAUUGCGAAAGUACGCUCAACAAAACCACGUCGAAGCUCCAGAAUCCAGAGGUGAGGGCUGGACCAAGUCGCCUGAGAAGGUGAAACUUGCUUCGGGAGGUGAAAGCUCUUCCACUACAGCUGUUGACAGCGUCAAGACGAACGACGCAGACGUGCAGGGACAAACUGCACUAGUCAAAGCGGAUAAAAAUGGCGCUUCGGCGAGCACAGAUAAAACGUUGGAAGAAAAAAAUAUAGACCCCGAUUUGGCAAAGGCAAUCGCAAGCUCCGCGAAUGUACAUGCUUCCACAGGAGCGGCUAACUCUAGUUCUGCAUCUACUUCCUCGGUUUCAUCUUCUAGACGUACAAUAGUUGCCUCCGGGACAGGUGUAGGAGCAAGAGCAUCUCACGGACCAGCACCAGCCUCAUCGUCAGUUGCAGGUCCGCCGACCACUGGAGUUUCUAAUGGGCCGAGUUUUCUUCUCGCUGACGGAAUGGACAGCACUGUGCAGACUUUGUUUCAUGCGAAGCGGACUCUGGAGAACAAGCUCGAGGCUGCAGAAAAGGCCAUUGAGAAACUGAAGUUGGGCAAAGAGGACGAGCAUCGCGCUCGCCUGCGGUGUGAGAUCGAACUAGAAUCACGGCAAGGCACAAUCAUUUCCCUCGAAAAUAGUGCAAAACGUCUCGAGGCUGAGAUAGAGCGAAGAGAGGAGAAUGCGCUUGUACUACGCAAUCGGGAGCUGCAGCAAACCGUGAACUGCUUGGAAGCCGAAAAUAAGACUAUAUUGGCGGAACGCGACCGCUGCGCAGAGCAGCUAAACGAGGGAAGCAUCGCGAGGAAUUUACAACUAGUGCAGAACUUGGGUGGAGACGUGCAGAUACCACCACCGAGCAGCGGGUCCUCGACAGGUUUUGGUGCCUUCCGCUCACCAUCUGCGACUGCUGCCCAACAUCUUCAUCACGUAGCGAAGUCGCCCUCGCCUAUGAGCAAGUUGAAGAAACAGGUCCUGAAUCCUGUUUCAGAGCAGGUGUGUACGACGAAUGAUGGCGUACUUGUUGCGUAUCACCAGCAGGGCGCGGCCGAAAAAAGGAGAGGCGCUUCGUCUUCAUUUUUUUCGAAAUUGACCGCCAAUCUAGCUUCUGCAUCAACUGACAGCUUAGCUGAAACACGUGGACAAGAGCUAGGUGGUCAGGCAGAAGACGGCUCUUCAAUGCUCGUACACUACACACAAUCAACUAAACAGAACGAGUCGACGUCGAGUAAAAGGCUGAAGCUCGACUUGAAGCAUCCGAUGCAUGCUGGUGGCGCGGUUUCCUCUGAGCAUACGCUCGUAGCAGCGGGGUCUUUCAGUUCCCGCUCAUCACCGUCGGCGACGCCAUCCGCUUCGCCUAAAGGGCUGCUUGGCUCUUUGAGCAACCCUGCGUCGCUAUUCCGGCCAGGCGCGAGACGACGUGGCGACCGGAAUCUCGCAGCGGCAGCCUCUACGAAUCUUCUAUCUCGCUUCGGUUCGACGUCGCGCUGAGGGGGUGAAGCAAUUUUCUCUAUCGAAUAAGUUCGGACUAACAUAAUUUAAUUACAAACCGUCUAAACGCCUCACGACCUGUUCCUUCUCUUCAAGAUGCAAUAAUCCGAAACCAAAAGCAAAUAAAACAUCUUUCUCAUCGAGAUCGAGAUGGAGAUCGAUCCUGUUGGUCUACGACUUGCCUUUUUCAAUCAUUAUUUUUGGGCUGAUUUACCAUUACCGCGAGACGAGCAAGGAUCCCCCAUCCUUGCGACUUUUUUGGUAAAUCCUAAAUUUCACUUUGAGUUUGAUGCGAAUAUAAUUUAACUCAGAGUUAUAAUUUGACCACUGAGACUUCUAAGACGUAAUAAAUUACGAUAAGUAUGAAGACUCAAGUGAAAAGAAUGUAAGUAUCAUCAAGAUGAAAUCUGCUUCUUUCCCAGUUUUCCGUCAACAGAAAAAAUCUUUGUAGGCAGCGACAUGCAAGAGCUCCUCCUGCAUCAUGCAGUUGAAAACAAUAAGCUGUUUGGUGUACUACGGGAUCUUCUACUCAUUCUUAUCUACUCAUUUUUCUUAUCUUCUACCAUUGCUUUUCUGCUCUUGUACGAUUUAUUUAGAACGAGCUGUACACAAAUUCUUCUUGUGUGUACCUCCUAUCCUUUCAAAUAGAAGAAAUUCAACGUGAAACUCAAACUCAACUGAAAUCGACCACCACGUUACGUCAUUAUAUACUUAUCUUUUGGUGUCCUCUUAAUAUUCUUUCCUUCGCACGACGACAUCUUCUUCUUCAACUUCUUUGUACAUAUCGCCCGACUUCUGGUUCCAGACAAUUGACACUUGAAGGUCGUGCAGACUGGAACUCGCUAUGGCAAAUCUCGAAGUGGAACGAACCAGAUAGAAAAUCGGUCAUAGAAGCGCGGUCGGCAGAAAUAUGGAAGUGAUUUCAACCAAGAUAUGGAGGUCAUGUUGAUAUCAACCAGUAGAAGGGGCAAAAG